AUGGGCAUCUCAGAUCAUGAAAAGUGCUAUUCCGAGGAGGAAACCUUCUUUGGUCCUGGCCCCCGCUCUAGCCAGGGCGAGCAGAGCCUGCACACUCCCACACCUGGAUCGCUGGCCACGGCCUGGCCUAUCUCAGGAGUUGGCCCCGAGGUCCUCAGGGGUUCAGGGGUGGUCUUGAUGCUCCAGUUCCCGCACACAAGCACCGUUACUCUUGUGAGGACCCAGCACUGCUUGGCAGGUCAGACCUACCCAGUGCCCCUGGUCCAGCCAGACCUGCGGCGGGAGGAUGCCACGGUGCAGGUGGUGGGUUCCUGCAGUGCCCAGGUCUCUGCAGACAUCUUUAGCAGAAUCUCCCAGCAAGCAGAGCUGAGGCAGAGCCUGGUGCAGGCCAUCGGGGGGAGGGUCUCCUUGGCCCAGGCCAAGAUUGAGAAGAUCAAAGGCAGCAAGAAGCCAUCAAGGCAGCCUGCAUGGCCCUGUGUCCAUGGCCGGUGGGCACGGCCUCCAUCUCUCGUGUCUGAGGUUGCCCAUGUCCCCGUCCCUGCUGUCCAGCCAGACCUCGGGCUUUCCUCCUGCCCAGGGACCCGGGCCCGGCCCCAGUCCUGGCUGCCGCCCAGUGCUCGGCUGUCUGGAGCCUCUCGGUCCCCUCAGGCAGCCCCUGGGUCCACAGUUGUUCUCCAGCGCCAAGUGCCCGGCUGCAGGGCACCUGCAGGAACAUGGCUCCAUCUUCAGGGGCGCCCAGGACCACAGGAUCCAGAGGCAGCACCCUGCCAGGAUGGUGGGCCCUGCAGCUCACCCCCAGGGGAAGUCGCAGUGCUUCCCCGGAGCCUGAGGACGCUGCCCGGGAGGGGCUCGGUGGUCUUCCCAGCAACGUCAGCUUCGUCAGCUCCUUGCUGCUCCUCAACACCGCAGAGAGCCUGUGGCCAGACAGCCCUGUGGGGCCUGGCGGGGCGUAGGUCCCAGAGAACCACUUCUAACUGCCAGACCUGGGCCGGGUGUGUGAAAUCGACAUACGGCCCCACCUGCCCAGCACCUCUGAUGGCCUCACGUCCAGCGCCAACCAGGGCCUGGGCCUCGCCCCUCUGCCCCGGCCCCAUCCCAGCAGCGCCACCUUCCACACAGAGGUAGCCGGGCCUUUGAAGCCGGGUGGGCUGGGCGCUAGGCUGGAGAGGGGCUAGGGAGCUCCCUGCUCCGCCACCUUCUUCCCUGCACCUCUUUCCCACACUCCCACGUCAGACUUAGAAGAUGGGGUGCUAACCGCAUCCCCACUGCCCCCACCUCCACCACGUACCACUGCCGCCCCCAGCUCCUGAGGGCUGGUCAGCGCCGCCCCCCAGACCACGGCCCCUGCAGGCCAAGGCGCCAGCCGCGUGUCUCCUGCAGGUGGGGACCGUGCAGGUGGGGGGGCUUUAUUUGAGGGUACCUCUACCUGUCAAAUUUCUGGAUUCCUGAAGGAUCUUCUGCAGGUUUG